AGACGAAGUACCUACCUGGCAAAAUGGAUGACUCAUCAAAGGUACUGUCUCUUCUAGAGACUCUAGAUGAUGAGGUUGAUGAUCUAGAGGAGGCUCUGUCCCCGCUCUUGAAGGCCGCCUUGUCUGAGACCUCCACGAAGCUCCCCUUGCUCGACAAAGCCAAGCUCUACGUUUUGGUCACAUAUGCCAUUGAGUCUAUGCUAUUUUCAUAUCUGCGACUCAAUGGCGUCAAAGCACGCGAACAUCCGGUCUUCAUUGAACUCACCCGAGUAAAGCAGUACUUCGACAAGAUCAAAGUUGCAGAAACUCCAGUAGCGGAGAGGAAUAUGGCUGUGGACAAGGCAGCUGCAGCAAGGUUUAUCAAAGCCGGAUUGUCUGGCAACGAUAAAUAUGAUCUUGAACGAGCAGAGCAACAAGCAAAAGAGCGCGCUAAAGCCCAUAUUAGAUUCGAGCAAAAAUCGAAGGAGACGCCGCCCAAACGAAAAGCAGAUGAAGUGGAAGAAGCAGACGAAGACUCCGACUCCUCCGAUUCGGACUCUGAUUCCAGCUCUCAAUCCUCCGAAGCUGAGCCAGAAGAAUCUCCAUCCGCUCCUGCUGUAUCCGAAAAGAAUAAGCAGAAGAAGGAUAACACUGACUCCGGUCAAACCUCUGGCAACUCGACUCCACAAACCAUGUCGAAGAAAGCCAGGGCAAAGGCAGCCAAGAAAGCGAAAAAGGAAAAGCUGAAGGCAAAGAGUGAGAGAAAAAAGCAAAAACGAAGCAGUGAGCAAUGAUACCCUGUGGAUAUUUAAUGUGUUGCAUGAUAUGGCGUUGGAAAGGCUGGGAGCAUAGCAUUUUCCGGAGUUCUUGGGUAGUAAAAGGCCUGGGAACAUGCUACUGGCAUAAACGUGGAGAGUUAAUCAUUGAGAUACACAUUGCAGCCAAAGGCUCCAACUUCGAUUGUUCUAGGCGACUUAAAAAUUCAGUCUGGAGAAUUUCAUUCCGCAGGUGACGUUGAAGCAUCAAAUCUAUGUAGCCUCAGAUCCAUUGUCCAACUAGGUUCUUAUUUCUAGCCCUCGUCAAAGUCC